AUGGGGAUCGUAGCAUUCGAGUGGGCAGCGGAAGGGGAAGGCAACAACAAACUGACUCUUAUGAUGAACAGAGAAAAUUAUGUAAAAAGGGUCAUAAGUGGUGCGUCUUGGAAAGGCCAUAUAUUGAGUGGCCGGUGCGAAUAUAACAAUGGAACGUGGUUUGCGAUAUCUAUGCGAGGCCGAGUCGCGUUUCUCAUGAGUCGAACGUUGUUGGUCGACCACUUUGUUCCAGACGGCGGCUGCGAGUUGUACCCCGUUGAGUUCUUGGAGAGCGAUCUGAGUCCACAGGGUUUUGCCGACAAGAUGGUACAUCGUGACGGGGGAAGACAAGAAGGGUGGUCCUAUAGCCUUAUAGUCGCAGAUAUGAAUUCGAACUCAAUGUUUCAUGUCUGGAAACCUUACAAACAUCAGCCAAAUCAUAGCUCUUUCUUGAUACAACCUGUUCAUUUUGGUGUGCACACACUUUCUCCUUUGGACGGUCUGGAUUCCAAGACCUCUAGGGAUGUGAAACUGAGAGACCAUUUUACUCAGAUGAUUAGUGGUUUGGGAAACAAACCAAAACCACAGCUUGAAGAGUUUGCUAGGAACUUUAUGUGUAAAGGAACGAUGUUUAUGGACAAUAUGAUUCACCAUCCUGUCUCCAAAGGAAAGCAACUCCAUGGAACAACAAGUACGACAGCGUUGCUGGUGAAACACUCUAAGGAAGUGAUAGUCUUUGAGAGGUUCAGGAACAAUAAUUCUGUAUGGGACGAGCACGACUUCAGUUUCUACCACCUGGAGUAG